GAGACGUGGCAGCGGAGGGAUAAUCGGAGCGUUCUGAGCUGGAGUGAGCUGAGCGAGAGCUCGGCUGAGCGCGGUCUGACCUUCCGCACCUCGCACCAGCCCUCGCGCCCGUGGGGCCGGUGCCGCCUCGGAUUAGUAAUACGGAGAGUUGGGUGUGUGGAGAGAGUGGGGGUCGACUAUGGGGCUUUGCAAGUGCCCCAAGAGGAAGGUGACCAACCUAUUCUGCUUCGAACACCGGGUCAACGUCUGCGAGCACUGCCUAGUAGCCAAUCACGCCAAGUGCAUCGUCCAGUCCUAUCUGCAGUGGCUCCAAGAUAGCGACUACAACCCCAAUUGCCGCCUAUGCAACAUACCCCUGGCCACGCGGGAGACCACCCGCCUCGUCUGUUAUGAUCUCUUCCACUGGGCCUGCCUCAAUGAACGUGCCUCCCAGCUACCCCGAAACACAGCACCUGCUGGCUACCAGUGCCCCAGCUGCAGUGGUCCCAUCUUCCCUCCAGCCAACCUGGCUGGCCCUGUGGCCUCUGCACUGAGAGAGAAGCUGGCCACGGUCAACUGGGCCCGGGCAGGACUGGGCCUUCCUAUGAUUGAUGAGGUGGUGAGCCCAGAGCCCGAGCCCCUAAACACUUCCGACUUCUCCGACUGGUCCAGCUUUAAUGCCAGUGGGAGCCCCGAACAGGAGGCAGUAGCCAGCACUUCUGCUGCCCCGACCUUCUACAGCCAAGUUCCCCGGCCUCCUACUUCCCCGAGCCGGCCUGAGCAGCACACGGUGAUCCACAUGGGCAGUCCUGAGCCUUUGACUCACGCCUCAGCCCCAAGGAAGGUGUAUGACACGCGGGAUGAUGACCGGGCAUCGGGCCUCCAUGGGGACUGUGAUGAUGACAAGUACCGUCGCCGGCCUGCCCUGGGCUGGCUGGCCCAGCUGCUCAGGAGCCGGGCUGGGUCUCGUAAGCGGCCGCUGACCCUGCUCCAGCGGGCGGGGCUGCUGCUGCUGCUGGGGCUGCUGGGCUUCCUGGCCCUCCUUGCCCUCAUGUCUCGCCUGGGCCGGGCCGCAGCUGACAGUGAUCCCAACCUGGACCCGCUCAUGAACCCUCACAUCCGUGUGGGUCCCUCCUGAGCCCUUGCUUAUGGCUGGUCCAGUCUAGGACUUGGGGCUUAAGCAAGGGGGGAAGUCUGGGGCCCUUCUCUGCUCCUUUCCCUCAAGCCUGAGACACUAAGAUCCCAGGCCCAAAGCCAAGUCCACCAGGGUGGCUGCAGGCUUGGCCUGGGGUCCCUGCAGUUCAAGCGUUUGUCUUGAUCUGCUUCCCCUGGUUCUCCAGCCUUCCCCCCCGACCCCCCACCCAACAAAGGAACUGUCAGGUGGAAAUAAAUGACAGACUUUAUUAAAACA